GAAGCAUAAGUGCUUGCUCUUUUGGUGUUAUUUUUUGACUCUAUAGCUUGAUCCCUUCCUUUGUCAUGUUGGGUUUCAUUUCAUCCUCAUGAAGUGAUUCUAACCAAAGAAAAAACUCUUAAAUUGACGAUUUGUCGUUUGAUAGUUUAUAUAACGACAAAAUUUACCAGGGAACGACAAAAAAUUACGGCUGAACUCAAAUAAGAAAGAUAACUACUGUAAGUAAAUGUAACGGAUCAUGUGAAAUCAAACAAAACUAGAAAGCAAGAAGAAUAUAUAGAGAAGCCGCCACGGAUUCGGACUUGCCCAAAACUCAAUUAUAUAGCUACGUAUAAGAACGCAGCGGAGCACCAUCUUCCUUCGAUUUCCGAUCAAAGUAACCAAAACUCGAGAUUUUCUUAAGGCGGCGAAGUUCUCAGUACGUUUCAGCUCAAUUCAUUAUUGGGAUUUUUGUGGCGUUGGAUUCAAUAAAGUGAAGAUGGCGAUCAAUAAUCCCCAAAUCUACCAUGAAAGGCAAAGGCUUCAAUUCUGCCUUUUACAUUCGUUAAACAAUCUCUUUCAGAUGAAGGAGACAUUUACACGAGCAAGCUUGAAUGAGAUAGCUGAGAGUCUUGUUCUUGAUGAAGCAGAGAAGCGAACAUGGACGCCAUUAUCUGUACUCUUUAAGCCUCAUUAUAAUAAAUUCACUGGAAACUAUGACGUAAAUGUUCUAAUAGCGGCUCUGGAAGGGAAAGGGAAGAAUUUGAUCUGGCAUGAUCGUAGAAAGGAAGCCUCUUCCAUUGAUCUAGAUGAGCCUGAAGAAGAAGCUUUAAUGGGGAUUGUGCUCAAUAUUCCUGUUAAAAGAUUUGGUGGGAUUUGUACUAAUAGGCAUUGGGUAACACUAAGAAAGAUUGGUGGUACAUGGUAUAAUUUGGAUAGUGAUCUUGCUUCUCCUAUGGCUUUUAAAGAUACUGUAGAAGUAAGAAAUUUCUUGGACACCAUGAUUAGGAUUGGUGGGGAGGUUUUUCUGGUUAUGAAUGCUAAACAAUGACACUUCUUGUCUGAGUGUGAGAUAAGUUGUCUGAAUUGUGUGUACAGAACUCUUGUUACACGAAUUGGUAUUUGGAGGCAGUCAAAGGAAGUUACCUUCUCUUGUUAACUCUUUUUAGGCUUUAAAGAUUCUUGAGUGUUGUGGGAAAAUCUUACUGGGAAAUUAUUGUGGCAAUUUAGGAGUUGUCUGAACUAGAUUCUUGUCUCCUAAUGUAACUGUGAAUAAUUGAAAAUCUUUGUAAAGGUUGAAGGUUAUUAUGUGAGAGUUGCUUCGAUUCAUACA